GCCCCAACCGCGCCGCAGUCCGCCGUGUGCGCGCAGCGCCUUCCUCAGCCCUGCCAGGGGCGGGGCCAGCCGGGGGAGGGGAGGGACCUGCAGUGACCAAUCGGAGGCGCCCGCGCCGGGUGUCGCGCCCCGCCUGGCUGGGCCGGCAGUUCCUACCGGCCUGGUCCGGCGGCCAGCGGACCGCGGCGGUGGCGGGGGAGCCCGCGGAGAGCUGUUUUUGGAAGGAAGAAAGAUGGAAAGUGGUGCGGUUCUGCUGGAAUCCAAGUCCUCACCAUUUAACCUACUGCAUGAAAUGCAUGAGCUUCGUCUCCUGGGCCACCUGUGUGACGUGACAGUCAGCGUGGAGUAUCAGGGCGUCCGCAAAGACUUCAUGGCCCACAAGGCAGUGCUGGCUGCCACCAGCAAGUUUUUUAAGGAAGUGUUCCUUAAUGAGAAGAGUGUGGAUGGUUCUAGGACUAAUGUCUACUUAAAUGAAGUGCAGGUUGCUGACUUUGCUUCAUUUCUUGAGUUUGUCUACACUGCAAAGGUACAGGUAGAAGAAGAUCGGGUGCAGCGAAUGCUGGAAACGGCUGAAAAGCUGAAAUGUUUGGACCUCUCAGAAACUUGUUUUCAGUUAAAGAAACAGAUGUUAGAGUCAGUACUUUUGGAGUUGCAAAAUUUCUCAGAGUCUCAGGAGGUUGAGGGGAGCAGUGGCUCCCAAGUUAGUGCUGCUCCUGUCCCCAGGGCAAGUGUGGGCACGGAUAGCCCUCACCCCAAUGGCCUCACUGAUUCCUUGGGUGGCCCAGGAGAGCGAGCCAGCAAUGGCAUGUCUUCAGAUUUGCCGAGGAAGUCCAAGGACAAACUAGACAAGAAGAAAGAGGUAGUUAAACCUUCCUACCCUAAAAUCAGGAGAGCUAGUGGAAGGCUGGCUGGAAGGAAGGUCUUUGUGGAGAUCCCUAAAAAGAAAUACACGAGAAGACUCCGAGAGCAGCAGAAAAGUGCUGAGAGUGAUGUGGGGGACUUCAGGUAUCCCCAGGACCAAAGCCCAGACAGGGUGGGCGCAGAGAUGGAGCUGGUGAUCAAAAAUGAGGGUUGCCAAGCGGGUGCUAAGUUGGAGGAAGUGUCGAAGAAAGCAGGGGCAGAGGAGGAGGAAGAGGAAGAGGAGGAAGAGGAAGAGGGGGAGAAGAAAAAGAGCAACUUUAAAUGCAGCAUCUGCGAGAAGGCAUUUCUGUACGAGAAGAGCUUCCUGAAGCACAUCAAGCACCGCCACGGCGUGGCCACUGAGGUGGUGUACCGCUGCGACACCUGCAGCCAGACCUUUGCCAACCGCUGCAACCUGAAGAGCCACCAGCGCCACGUGCACAGCAGCGAGCGCCACUUCCCAUGCGAGCUGUGCGGGAAGAAGUUCAAGCGCAAGAAGGACGUGAAGCGGCACGUGCUGCAGGUGCACGAGGGCGGGGGCGAGCGGCACCGCUGCGGCCAGUGCGGCAAGGGCCUGAGUUCCAAGACAGCCCUGCGGUUGCACGAGCGCACACACACGGGCGACCGGCCCUACGGCUGCACCGAGUGUGGCGCCAGGUUCUCACAGCCGUCUGCACUCAAGACGCACAUGAGAAUUCAUACAGGGGAAAAACCUUUUGUCUGUGAUGAAUGUGGUGCAAGAUUCACUCAGAACCACAUGCUGAUUUAUCAUAAAAGGUGUCACACAGGUGAAAGACCUUUUAUGUGUGAAACAUGUGGCAAGAGUUUUGCUUCUAAGGAGUACUUAAAACACCACAACAGAAUCCAUACUGGAUCCAAACCUUUUAAAUGUGAAGUAUGUUUCAGGACUUUUGCCCAGCGUAAUUCACUCUACCAGCAUAUUAAAGUCCACACAGGGGAGCGUCCCUACUGCUGUGACCAGUGCGGCAAGCAGUUCACGCAGCUCAACGCACUCCAGCGCCACCGUCGCAUCCACACAGGGGAGAGGCCAUUCAUGUGCAAUGCGUGUGGACGAACCUUCACCGACAAGUCCACGCUUCGGCGGCACACCUCAAUACACGAUAAGAAUACUCCAUGGAAGUCUUUCCUUGUCAUUGUAGAUGGCUCGCCCAAGAACGAUGACGGGCACAAGACUGAACAGCCUGACGAAGAGUAUGUGUCGUCCAAACUUUCAGAUAAAUUGCUGUCUUUUGCAGAAAAUGGCCAUUUCCACAACCUGGCUACAGUCCAAGGGACUGUACCUACCAUGCAGGACACUUCUGCAGACACAGCCUCCAAGUCGGACGCCACCAUGGUGCCCCAGGACGCCCUGCUGGCCACCACCAUUGGUGAGCUUAGUGAGCUGACCCCACAGACAGACUCGGUGCCCACACAGCUUCACUCGUUGAGCAACAUGGAGUAAGAGCUUCAAGUUAAGCACCAAGCAGUUCCCAUCCUGUUAGUCUGCGCGUGUGGUAGCUGAACUCAAGGUGAUGUGGGGUGAAGAAAAAUAAUGGUCCAUGUGCAAGGAUGUGGGAAGAACGGCCUCUGCAGAUGUUCCUGAACCUCUAACUUGCACGGCUUUAUCACAGCAUUUUUAAAGCUUUCCCUCAAAAAUCCUGAUCUGCAUGAUCUCAAUUACACUUCACAAACAAAGCAGUGAACAUAACCUCACUUAAUUCUGGCGUAGGGUGUGUUAGUCGUUCUAAAGCUUAUCUUGUUUAGACAACUGCUUGUCUUAAUUGCAGAGUACAGAGCACUGAACCAGCUCCUGAUAUCAUCGUCAACAGUCUUCCUGGCUUCUCACCCCGCCUUAUAGUUCCAUGUGGGUUUACUUAUCUCAUAACUACUUUUAAGGUAUUUUUCUUCCAAGCUGAAAUAAAACUGGGGCCACAUAUUUUCAGCCAUUUUUCCCUGUUAAAUUGAAGCAAAUCGGAUUUUCUGUGGGGACCCUCAGAUACGACUAAAGAAAUGGAUUGUUGCAUUCGUUCCUCCCCAGCCCCCAUUUGUAGGCAGUAAAGAAGGUAUGACAGAUUGAACACCUGCACAACUGCUUAGUGUAAUCUCAGCACAUACGCAGCUAGGGAGUUUGUCAUAAAAUCAACUUAGAGAUGAGAUGAGACCGUUCAGUUUCAGUCUUUAAAAAAUCAGAUUAGGUAAAAGCUGUCCUACCAAAGAAUCUAGCAAAACAGUAGAGUAUUUUUCUGUAGAGACAUGAAAAAUUAAGACGUUUUAGAGCACUUGAAAGUUGUGUAGUCAUGUUAUUUGAAAAAUGAGGUGACUGUGGCAAAUUGUAGAACAGAGCGAGCAUCAAUAUUUUUGCCAGGUUUUUAUGACUUGAUUUCUGUAAUUUCCAGACUUCAUUUCCACACCUAGAGGUGGAAGCAGGCAAGUAACUGACACAUCUGUUUCCUUGGGAGCAUAUGAGAACAUAGCAGAAGGGACCAAAAGUCUCAGCACACUUACCUCCGAUUAUGCCUUAAAGAGUUGAUUGUGACGAACCAGUAACUUUGUCUCAAAUGCUCCUUUGGCUGUUUUAUGCAGGACUUAAUUAUCGCUUUAAAAAAUUCACAAUGA